GACAGAGGCUCCACUCAGGGAUCCAGUCUGCAGCCCAGAUCCUUCUCUUCACAGUCUCAGUGCAGGGAUGAAGCCGGGCCUUGGGCUGAUAGAGAUAGACCCUCCUGUUCCUAUGAUACAAACACCACAGUAUCCAUGAUGAACAGAGCAGGUUACCCUGAGUUUCAGCCUUCACAGAGAGUGACAGGAGACCCCCCUGGUGGGAGUCUAACAGGAAGUGUGUCUUCUCCUUCAGGGUCACAUCUAAUGCCUGGUGACUGGGUUCAUAGAAGGCCUGGACCUGGGUCUAGUCUUCCCCAGUUACCUCCUGGUUACCCCACCAAUACAGACAGGGUCAGGAUGGGCAUUCACAACAAGAGGUACCUAGCCUAUAACACAGAACACAAUUCCAACAACACCCAGACAAUGGCUAAAGGUCAAGGAAGGAGUUCAAAGAUUAACCACCUGAGGGUGGUGGCUCCUGCUUCUACCUCCUCAGGUGUCAUUGGGUCACAACGUGGGAGGUCGAGCAUUAGGACGGACGCCGACAAGCUGUACAUCUGCCCAACGUGUGGGAAGCGCUUUGCUAAAGCAAACUAUGUGAAGGAGCACCAGACCAUUCACACCAAGGAGAGGCCCUUCAAGUGUAAGCUGUGUUACAAGAGCUUCUCCUUCCUGAGUAACCUUAUCAGACAUAGGAGUGUCCACAAUGGAGAGAAGCCCUUCAGCUGUACCCAGUGUCACAUGCGCUUUGCCCAUGCUGGCAACCUGAAGAGGCACCAGAAGGGAAUCUGA